CAGCACUAGAUGAGAAGUGGAUGAUUUCGGCGAGAUCCGCAGUCGUCUGGGAUCACGGCGGCCACUUGGAUAGGGAAGAUAGCUGUAAAAGAACCACUGAAUGGAUUGGUUUCAUUGCAACCAGUGUUUCCGAAAAGAUGGAGCCCAUUUCUUUGUCACCAGCUGUGGCCAUAUUUUCUGUAAGAAGUGUGUGACUCUGGAAAAAUGUUCUGUCUGUGGAGCUGCCUGCAAACAUCUGGUUCUUUCUGAUAAUCUGAAACCUAAUGUGAAGAUGUACUUUAAAAGCCCUGUGGAGACAGCUUUGACACAUUUUAGUCACAUCUCUCAGGUGUGGCGUUUCCAGAAGAAACAAACAGAUCUCCUCCUCGCCUUUUAUAAGCAUAGAAUUACAAAAUUAGAAGCAGCCAUGCAAGAGGCACAGCAAACAGUUACCAGCCAGAACAAAGAGCUGUCAGUCUUAAGGAAAGAGAAUGGAGAACUAAAGAAAUUUCUAACCAUCCUGAAGGAAUCUCCAAGUUGGUACCAAGGAAGCAGGCCAACCACACCUCGACCAGUGGGCAUUACUUCCCCAUCACAGUCAGUUACUCCAAGACCCAGUUCUCAGCAUAGCAGUCAAGUGGUCAGUCGGUCCUCCUCAGCAGAGCCUGUCCCUUAUAGAGUGGCUGGCUUUAGUAGCGUGGGACAAGGAGCCAGAGGCCUUCAAGGAAGAAGCACUCCCAGCGACUCUUAUACUGAAACCCCUUCACCAGCUUCCACUCACAGCCUAUCUUACAGAACUUCAUCUGCCUCCUCUGGACUGGGGAUUUUUUCUUUCAGACCAUCCCUAAAUAGUGGGGAUUCAGGCCACAUACAAGUACUCACCCCCAACAAUUCAGGUCAGAGGGAGAGUAGAACCCCACUAGAGAGUCUUCCUGGUUUCCAGCUACCAGUCCUGCAGGUGAGCCCUGGCUAG